AUGGAGGAUGCUAAAAAGAGGCGGUGGCAAAUAGGUCAAAAGGAGUCGGCGACUGUCGCCGCCAGAGGUAACGAAGAUGGUCGGAUGAUUGAUAGAAUUCGUAGGAGAUUUGCCUCUCUCUUUGUCAACGACCCUAAGGCGGGUUUCCAUCUACUUCUUUACUUAUACACCGGUUGUAUUGACACUGAUUUUGGGUUUUCUCUCUUUGGCAAACAAGUUCCGGCUUGAUUGACGUGAGAGUAUGUUUUGGCUUCUAUUUUCACCAAUUUGCCCUUGAUACUGUUCUCAUGCCACCGUUCAUUUGAUGUUGAUUUCUCAAUCCAUUAUUGGCUACCACUAGGAGGAUGUUUGUUUCUAUUUGAAUAUCGAUGCUCAACCUCAUGUUUGAGGUGAUGCAGAUAGCCUUGAAAUCUUUAUGUAGAUGGAUUAAAAAUUGAUGUUGUGGCUUAGUUCAUUGGGCAG